UAUUCAAAUAUGAAGUUCAUAGUCAGUCUGCUGUUUCUGGUGGCACUAGUGGGUCAAAAGCAGACCAGCGCCAAGAGCGUAUCCAGUUCUCUGAGCAAUUUGGGAAAUGAGAUAGGUCAGGACGCCUCAGAGCUUGGCCACGAAUUGGGAGACGAGGGGACCGAUUUCGGGCAUCAGGCCUCCAACAGCGCCAUUAACUUUGGACACCAAGUAUCCCAGGAAGCGGAACAAAUUGGCAGUGAUGAAAUCGGCUCUCUGGAAAAGGAGGUCCAGUCCUCUGUCUUCUUCCUCUGA